AUGGUCGCAACCACAAGGGCAGAUAGACAGCCAGACGCUGUAAACGAGGGAAGCAACCAUGUAGAUGAGACUACAGCUCUCCUAGCGCCCAGCAAGACCAAGUAUGCUGACGCGCCCACAUCAGACACUCUGGACAGUUCGUCAGGGUCAGAUGGCGACAAUGAUGGAAAUGACGACAAUCACGACGAGAAAAAGCCCUUGCCCAUAGCCCAGAUCCUGUUGCUUUGUUAUGCGCGCGCAGUCGAGCCCUUAGCCUUCUUCUCCAUCUUCCCCUAUGUCAGUCAGAUGGUGCAGGAUAACGGGGGUUUGGCGGACUCAGACGUCGGCUUCUACAGCGGACUGAUCGAGUCAAUGUUCUCCCUAACGCAGGCCAUCGUCAUGAUAUUCUGGGGACGAGCAGCCGAUCGAUUCGGCCGCAAGCCCGUCCUGGUCUCCUCCUUGUUCGGCGUGACUGUGGCGACAAGCCUCUUUGGCCUGGCAAAGACCAUACCACAGAUGAUCAUGUUUAGGUGUCUUGCUGGCGUCUUUGCUGGGACCAUCGUCACCAUCCGCACGAUGGUGGCCGAGCAUAGCACGCCCAGUACCCAGGCCCGGGCGUUUAGCUGGUUCGCCUUCAGCGGGAACUUGGGUAUUUUCCUGGGACCUUUAUUGGGUGGUGCACUUGCUGACCCAGUAAGACAGUACCCUGGUGUCUUCGGGGCUGUCCACUUCUUCGAAAAAUAUCCCUACGCGCUCUCGAGCUUGGUGGUGGCGUCCGUGGGAGCCACUGCUGCCGUGUCUAGUGCCUGCUUUGUCGAAGAGACGUUGAAAAAGGAGCCGGUUACGGUGGGCCACGAUGGUGAGGAGGCAGCAUCCGAUGUGCCGACUCAGAGCAGUGAUCUAUCGACAUGGCAGCUCCUCAAAUCGCCAGGGGUUGGUAUGGUCCUAUACGCGUAUGGGCAUAUCAUGGUUCUCGCCUUUGCUUUCACGGCCAUUAUUCCCGUCUUUUGGUUCACUCCCGUACGCCUCGGAGGGUAUGGAUUUACGACUCUGCAAAUUUCGUUGAUGAUGGGUCUAAAUGGUGCCGCACAAGCUACGUGGCUCCUCUUGGUGUUCCCCCCACUGCAGAAGAAGAUAGGGUCGAAUGGAGUGAUACGUCUCUGCGCCACUGCCUAUCCAUUAUUCUUCCUAUGCUGCCCUCUUGGCAAUGUACUCCUGCGGAUGGGCACGGAUGGAUCUGUUAAAGCCUUCUGGAUUCUCUUGCCGGUCGCGCUGGCGAUCGGCUGUGGAGUCAGCAUGAGCUUCACGGCGAUUCAGCUCGUCCUGAACGACGUUGCACCCUGGCCGAGGGGUACUUGGCACGCUGAAUGCGCUGGCCCUGACUGGUGUUAG